AUGGCCACCUCCCUCAGCGCCGCGCACGCCGCCCCUCCUGCCGCCCCACCCCUCCCCGCGCAACUGGUCAUCAACAUCCUCUCCGCCGCCCAGCCCGCCGUCGCCGCGCGCUUCGCGCGGCCGGACCUCCACCCGGACCCGUUCGCCCACACGCCCCACGCGCUCUCCGCGGAGGGCCUCCCCGUCCUCGCCGGCGCGCUCGGCGCGCUCUCCUGCCGCCUCGUCGCCGGGAGCUGGCCCCUCCACGACCUCGACUCGCUCCGGGCGCGCGACUCGGGCCCGCAGGGCGGCGGGAGGACGUGGGACGGCGAGGGCGUCGCGAGUGAGCUGUUCAUUGCGCUCGUGACGAGGGUGGAGGAGGUCCCGAGGCUUGGGGAGGGGGAGGAUGGAGAUGACGGGUUGGGCGCGGUUCCGUUGCUGUAUUACCGACGCGCGUAUGCUACGACGCGCCCGCUUGACGGGCACAACUCUCCAAAAAGCUCGUGA